AUGACAGAUAAAGAGAAAAAAGCAUUUACCCAAUGGCCAGGCACAAACAAGUUUUAUUGUAGCGGAAGAAUCAUGAUGGGGUAAAUUCUAAUUAGUCCUGAUAAUCACCGAGCUUUCAUUACUUUUUUCCUAAUCCUAUGCCCAGAAAUCGUCUAUAUUGCUUCCCCUUCAGUUUAUUUUAUAAAAGAGCACGAUAAUCCAGGACCUUUUCUUGUAAACCUAUUUUUCACCAUCCUAUCACUAUUUUUCCUUUACAGAUGUGCCACAAAGAACCCAGGAUUCAUUCCAAAACAAAAGCCACCCUUUGCCUGGGGACCAUCAGGCGCUUUGACGAUCCAAGAAUUAAUGGAAGAUUCAUUCAAACCUAAAGAGGUCCCAUGCGAAGGAAACCUUGUAAGACUGAAGUACUGCGUCACAUGUAACAUUAUUAGGCCUCCGAGGGCUUCCCAUUGUUCUGACUGUGGAGUUUGUGUGGAAAAAUUUGAUCAUCAUUGCCCAUGGUUAGGAAACUGUGUUGCUAAAAGAAAUUAUAGAGAAUUUAUAGCAUUUUUGAUAUCAACUUCUAUGUUAGAUAUUUCGACAAUGGGAUUCUGCAUAUACCACAUUGCUGAUGUAUGGACAGGGGAAGGAUCAGGGACAUCUGCUUUUGCAAGUGCCAUGCAGCAAACAGGCCCUUCUGUAGCGCUACUCUUAUAUGGAUUUUUGGUAUAGUCUAUUUAGGCAUUUUGAUUUGUAGUCGGGCUAACUAUGUUUCAUAUGUAUUUAUUGUUCACAGGACAAAGCACACAUGAAAAAAUUAAAGGAAAUUUCAAGAUAAUGGGAGAAAAUCCGUACCACAGAGGAAAUUAUAUAAAUAAUUGUAUGAAGGUGAUCUAUGGCCCAACUCCUCCUCAACACUUUAAUUUGCGUGCACCUGCUGCAAAAAGAGAAGAUCAUAUUGAACUGUCUCACAGCAAAUUAGCAAUGGUAGCUGGAGCUAAUAAUAAUGAAGAAAAAGCGGCAGGAACUAUAUCUCCUUCAGAAAUUCAUAUUGUUAGAGAAAACUCUCCUGAUGGGCAUGACAGUCGCUAA